UUAGGAUGAAAUACAUUUUACCUAUAUUACUGCUACUUCAUUGUCACCUAACAUCAGGUUCCACUGAAGAUGACAGCACAUCGGAAGAAACUGGAUCCCCGUUAAACAGAGUACGACGAGGAGGACUCAGUAUGUUGCGUUUAGGACGCGGUCUUCAGAUGCUUCGACUAGGAAAACGUAAUAUGCCCAUACCUAGGAUGAGCAGAUCGCUGGACACUUUGAGCUCAGAUGAACUAAAAUACCUAUUAGUAUCAGUUUUAGGGGACAAGUUCAACCAUCGGAGACAGGUCCCUCUUCCCAGGUACGGUCGUGAGGAUAAUGAACUUCAGUGGCUGUUUGAUCACAUCAAUUCCGACAGAACGUCCUUCGAUGACGGUGCCGAAGGCAUUUACGAUCUUGAUGAUGAGUCACCCCGACAAAUCAGACUGGCACCGCGUCCGGGGAGGUUCAGGCGAUCUACAGAUACACAGGACAAACAGGAGGAUGAACAGAAAGAAAAUUAUAUCGAAGAUGAAGAAGAAGACAAAAACGAAGAGGAAAAGGCACUACCGCUUCCGAGAUUUGGGCGAAUAAUUUUCGGUGGCGAGCGUGCUGUGCCCUUGCCAAGGCUGGGGCGUGACGACAUGUACGACUACGUUUAUACUCUUGAUCCUACGAAGGAAUCUGAUGAAACAGACGAUGCCGACAAACGCGGAAUGCAUAUGCUUAGGCUCGGACGGGGAAUGAACCUUUGGAGAAUUGGAAAACGAGGAAUGAACAUGCUCAGGCUUGGCAGAAGUGAACUCCAACAAGAAGCUAAUAAAGGCGACGACAAGCGAUCUCUAGGUAUGCUCCGUCUUGGAAAACGUUUGCGCAUGCUUCGUCUCGGCAAACGCCCUGAUGACGGAAAAAGAUCAUUACGCAUGAUGCGCUUGGGUAAAAAGGACACUGAUGAUAGUGGAUCAGAAUCUGAACACAGUGUGGAAACACGCGGCAUGCACAUGCUCAGACUGGGAAGAAAUGUAUAUAAAUAA